AUGACGACGAUUGGAAAAAUUGAUGUUUUUGAUGAAACCCAAGAAAGCUGGGAGACGUAUGUCGAACGAGUACAACAUUUUUUCGCUGCAAACGAUGUCGACGACAAUCAUCAAGUGCCAACUCUGCUGAGUUUGAUUGGAUGCAAAACGUAUUCAUUAUUAAAAGAUUUACUUUUGCCAGAAAAGCCUGCAGACAAGAACUUUGAUGAAAUAGUAAGUACAUUACAGAAGCAUUUAAAUCCUAAACCACUAGAAAUAGCCGAACGGUUUCGUUUUUAUAAGAGAAAUCAGCAAGAAGGGGAAAGCAUUUUAAGUUAUAUAGCUGAGUUAAAGAAAUUAACCACACAUUGCAAUUUUGGAAAUAACUUGGAAGAAACCUUGCGUGACAGAUUGGUGUGUGGAUUAAGUAAUCAGCAAAUUCAGAAACGUCUCCUUGCAGAGUCAAAAUUAAAAUUCUCCAAAGCUAUUGACAUAGCAGUUGCUAUGGAAACAGCCACUCGAGAUGCUACAGAGAUCCACAGCAAGGGUAGAGAAGAAAAACCUCCUGGUCUUGACAAACUGACACUGAACAGACCCUCGAAUAGAUCAGAUAGUGGCCCACCUUCCCCUGUAUUGUGUUAUCGAGAUUGGCUUCACAAGCUUCGCCUCGACUGGAAAACCAUUAAGUUGUUGAAAUCCUCAGAUUCCAGCCAUAGAAACCCUGGCACGACUACACAAGAGAAGCUGAAAAACCUAUUGGAUACGUAUGCAGAGGUUUUUGAAGACAAGCUGGGAACUUUCAAAUCUGCCAAAGCAAGGAUAACCCUCAAAGAAGGUAGUCAACCACAGUUUCGCAAAGCUCGUCAUGUCCCAUAUUCCUUACGACCGAAAGUGGAGGAAGAACUGAAGAGACUUCAGAGCGAAGGUAUUUUGUCGAAAGUAGAGUGGAGUGAUUGGGCGACACCGAUUGUACCAGUGCCGAAACAAGAUGGUUCAGUCCGUAUUUGUGGUGACUUCAAAGGUACUAUUAACCCAACACUACAAGCAGAACAGUAUUCUCUGCCUCGAAUCGAAGAUAUCUUUGCCCAUUUAGCUGGUGAUCGACCUCCGCCUAGCUUACCAUCAGAUUGA